AUGUGCUCAGAAACAGAGCCAAGCUGGAAAGAUUGUCCGACGGAUGAAGUGAAAAAGCUCAUCGAUUGCAGUCAUUUUGGACUGACUAAAAUUCCACUAGACAUAUACGAUUCGUCUUGGAAUGAGAUGUGAGUGAAUUUAAAUAUAGGUGGGUUUUCACUAAAUGAGACAGUUUGGUACUCGUAUAAAUAUUAUUAUAUUGCAGCCGAUUUAGCAGAAAUCCUUUUACAUGCGACUGUACUAUGAAUACAUUUCUUCACGACGAGCGGUUUCCGGAGUAUUUACGGAGAACCAAAGAUCUAAAGAACGCAGAGUGCGCUCAGCCUACGAGCUAUGCAGGGGUGGGAAUAUUGAAGUUAGCUGAUGAUCCAACAUUUUGUAAAGAUGGUGGUGAAAAAAUCGAACAAGGUUUGAGAUUUGAAAUAUCUUUGAAACGUUUGGUAGCUAGUGACUGUACAGUCGUUAGAUAA